AGAAGAAGCAGAAGAGGAAUAUUGUCGACUUACUGGUCGAAUUGGAUGAGUCUGAUGACGAGGAGGUGGAGCCUCACGUAGCCAUUUCUCCUGUGGCCCCCCAGGUCGCUGCGGGUAAAGGGCACGGAGCCCCCCGAGCCGAGAGGGGCAUGUCUUAGAGGGGGCGACUGUCACCCCAAAAUUCCAGUCUGUCGGGCAGGCGCAUGAAGAUGCUGGUAAGAAGAUGGCUGGGCGGGUUAGCUGCGACUCUCAGCACACAGUUGCUUACACCUUCCCAUCUCCGAGUGCCUCGGUUAUGCAUGAGGGCUUCCCGGUCGUGGAUUAUGCUUCAACAGUCUUACCGUCGGGUGACCUCGCACGUAUGACCUCCCAGGGGUUUCAGCCUCUCAUGGAGGGUUCUAUUCGGACCCAUGUUGAGGGACUUGCUAAGACCAUCGGGGCACUUUGGGCUGCCAACCAUUCUCAAGCGAGGCUUCAGCGUGAGGUUGAUGAAGUUAGAGCCGCCCUACAGGUUAGGGAGAAAGCUUUCUCCGAGUUGCAGCUCUCACAUGCAAGAGAGUGUGAAGAAGUGGCCAAGCAAGCGUCCAGGAAAGCGAUUCUCGAGUUCAAGGCCUCCAACGAAUUCCAGAAAACCACAUGUGACAUGGUGGAAGCGAAGGAAUCUGACUUAGUGAACAAGUGGCUGAAGACCGAUGAGGGGGAGUACUGGCAUGCUCUUGAAAUUAUGUACGCUUUUCAGAGCGGCAAGUACUUGACGCAGCAUAAAUUGUAGGUUUAAAUAUGUUUUUAGUCUCUGCAAAUAAAGCACAUUUUGUUUUACAUCCCUGCAAAAUUAUUUUUUUGUUUUUCGUCCCUACAAUUUAGGAUGAUUUUCGUUUUAGUCCAUCACUAAUGAUAGCAAUCUCCGUUUGACCUCGAAAUAACCCCGAUUAAUAGAUCUCUUCUAGUUCUUUGUCAUGUUAUUAAAAACAUGUUUAACUUUUAUUUUUUAGAAGGUUUUUAAUAUAUAUUUUUAAAAUGUGAAUACCUAGGUUUUACACUGUUUUAACUCUCAUAUUAGCCUAAAAAAAGUUUUAAAAGGAAGAAUUUAAAUAUUUCUAGUAGAUUUAUGUAACUG